AUGAAAUGCCUUGAGCCACUACAUGAAUCUACGCCACCUGAAACACUCAGCUGUAAAGUAUUGGAUGGUGCUGUCAUCGUACACUGCUUGUCCAUCGCUGGAGUUACAACAUUCAAAGAAUACGCAGAGAAGGCUUUCAUCCCUCAUCUUCAUAGUCACCUACAAGGAACAGAAAGGUUGGACGUUGUAUGGGACACAUACAGACGAGAAAGUUUAAAGGAGUCGACUCGUCAGAAGAGAGGAAAGGGAGUCCGCAGAAAGGUAUCCGGAGAAACCAAGUUACCACGAAACUGGUCAGACUUUCUGCAUGAUUCAUCAAAAAAGAAAGAGCUGUUUGACUUUCUAACCUAUAAAGUGGCUAACUUUGUCUUCCUCGAGGGAAAGGCCGUUUACAUCACUUCGAAAGAGUCAUUGCUAAUGGUAUGCUCAUCCAGUCCCAUGCCAAACUGCAAUCAUGAAGAGGCCGACACAAGAAUUGUGGUUCAUGUACUACACGCACUUCAGCAGGGAUUGACGACUGUGCAAGUUCGCACUGUGGACACUGAUGUUGUUGUUGUCCUUAUUGGUGUCUUUCACAAGCUGUUACUGUCACAGCUCUAG